UAUAUAUUUUAUUUUUGUGUAAUGUUAAAUAUAUAACAUAGUUUGAUAAUUUUUGGUUUAUUUAUAAAAUUUAUCAUUUUCAAAUUACACAAAAAAUUUAAAAUAAAAUUAUAUUAUGUUUUUAUAAAUUAUUUUUUGUUAAUUUGAUAAUCAAUAAAAAAAAUAAAAAAAAUAGUUUGAAUUUGAAUUUAAAUUUUUUAAAGAUUUUUAGGUUGACGACGCAAUGACAUGGCGUGUUGACUAACGGUAAAUGGUGUUGACCAUCCAAAUUGACGGUCAAACUAGGUGUCAGGCCAAUUGAGUCUAUAUGUUACAUAAUUAAGGCCAGGAUGUUAAUUUCUGAAACCAGAUGCCAAAAUUAAUUAUAUGGUCAUAAUUCAGACUAAAAUAAGGUAUUAACCCUGAAUCUGUUGUGUAAUCACUAAACUGAUUGCUUGGACACAAAUUAUUCCUAUCCGCACACCAACUAGUAUAGUACAAAGUAUGGGGGGAGGAAAAGAAAAGAGAGGAAAUAAUAAUUGCUCCAUGCUGUAGUGUAUGAUCCAAUGAGGUAGACCGUAGAUUGUAGAACCAUCAAUAAAAGUAUCGGUCUGUUCUGUUCGUCUUCUCUCUCCGUCUCUUUCUCUCUCCUCUAGGCUCUAGUCUCGUUACUCGUCACUCCCGAGAAGAGAUGGAAUCUCUCCUCCGAACCAUAACCCGGCAGGACCCGAGCCCGGAAGACUACAGCGACAUCGAGUUCUGGUCCAACCCGGAGCGCUCCGGCUGGCUCACCAAGCAGGGCGAGUACAUCCGCACCUGGCGCCGCCGCUGGUUCAUCCUCAAGCAAGGGAAGCUCCUCUGGUUCAAGGACAGCGUCGUCACCCGCGCCUCCGUCCCCCGCGGCGUCAUCGCCGUCGGCAAGUGCCUCACCGUAAAAGGCGCCGAGGACAUCCUCAACAAGCCCUUCGCCUUCGAGCUCUCCACCAAUCAGGAUACCAUGUACUUCAUCGCCGAUUCCGACAAGGAGAAGGAGGAGUGGAUCAAUUCCAUCGGCAGGUCGAUCGUGCAGCACUCCAGGUCCGUCACCGAUUCGGAGGUCGUCGAUUACGACAGCACCAGGCGGUGAUUCGGUUUUCUGAUCCCCAUCUUGCAAAGAACUUUUUAGGUUUUCCCUUUCCUUCUCUCUCUUUCCCUUUUCUCUCCUUCCCCACUUCAGAUUGCCCUGUUGCACGUUUAAGAGAACAAACUGGGAAAAAGGGUAUUUGGGGCUCUGUGUGUGUUGGCGGCGGCGAUCUCAAUCUCCGUAUCUGUUAUGGAUUGCUUACUAUAUAUAAAAUUGGGGAUUGGAUGAUCCAUUGGGGUUUCCUGUAUGUUCUAUCUUUGUCUUGUAAUUAAACCCAGUUUGGAGUCAGUAAUCAAACCAGUGGCCUUGGUUAAUGUUGUUUUUGUUGCUGGGUUAUUCUUAUUCCUCAAAGUUGCUUUAAAUUUUUGCAAUCUUUGACAUUGAAUUUGGGUUGAAGUUCUUCACUGAUUGCUGUGACUGCCUUGGAUUUCCUUCUGGUUAGAAAGACCAGUUGAUUCUUCAUAGAACUACCUACCUGAAGCUUCAAACUGACCAAAGUGAAUUGCUUUUUGGGCUUGAACUGAUUCCAGCUGCAAGUUUUUCCUUCUUCUGCUUAGAGUUAAAUUUCUUUCUGCAUUUGCUGGAUCUCAUUGAAGGGGGGUAAAAACUCUAUAACGCAAGUAGGAGUUAGUAGUAGCCGCUUACCUUCCAUGGUUGCACAAAGAGAUUGGUGUUCAUGGAUUUGGAAGAUCUUAGUGCCAUUAAUAAUGCAAUGAAGGUUACAGUUAUUAUCACUACGUAUCAACCCAUCUGCACUUAUUUGCUGAUUCCUGAGCAAUGGCAUUCCUGCUCACCUGCAUCGGACAGAACCACUGCCAUUUUUUUUUUAUAUCUGCAUUAUGGCCCACAUUCCCUUGAAUUCACGAGUCGCCAAUGUGUGAGCGCAAACAGAGAACCAGCAGCAUCCUAUCUGGUAUUAUCCUUUGGAUGCAUGCCAUUGCCAAAACACCUAUCGUUCAGAUUGUGAGAGCCAGAGAGUCGUUCAGAGAGAUGGUUGUUGGAGCUCCCGAAAGCAGCGGACGGAGACCCUCAUUGGAGAUUUGGAGUGAGUUUAUCUCGCCUCCGAAUUCCCCCUCUUGUGAACUCUGUUUGGGUUUUGCAGUCUGAUCAAGUGAUGCCUUUCCACAACUUUUCUGGCUUCUGGUUAACAAACAGGUGAACAAGUUGCCAGUGAUUUCUCAACUUGGCCUUUAUUUCUCGGACACUUGCUUACUGGCUAAUGUUCAGCCGCGGCUAAGUUCAGUUGUUUUAGGUGUCGUUUGGUUUCUCCAAUUGUUAAAUCGGUUUCUCCAAUUGUUAAAUCGUUAUAUUGUGAGCAAUACAUGUACAUGUAUUGUUGAAUUUGAUGUAUUGUAGAUAAUAGCGUUUGGUAUGUAUAUCAUUUGUGGGGGUCGGUUAGCAUGCUAACUCCCUUAGGGGUUGGAAAAAUGACACCCCCUAGUAUAUUAAAUACAACUAUAGAAUUUAAUACACACAUUAAAUGCAC